AGGAAAAUCAGAAUACAUACGAAAUUAAGUUACUGUUGAUAGAAAGAAAUUGAGAAUGUGGAGAGAGGGGGAGAGGGUGUCCCUCCUCUUUCAUUAUUAUGUCGUUUCUGCACCACAGGAAAUAAACAACUGUACAUAAGUCUUUCCCCCUUUGCGUCUGCUUCCAACUGACACUCCUACAUAUACACAUUGCAAUUAACAGUUACAUUUGGAAAAAAGAAGAAAGCAAAAGAAAGAAAUGAAAGAGCACCAAAAAGUAGUCCUAUUAAGUCUUUUUGCUUCAAAUCUUGAACUUUUGAUGAACCCCUUUUAAGUGCUUUCAAGUAAUUUUCUUCUUUUGCUCAAUCUGUGAGUUAAAAAAGACAGUUUUUAGGGUACUAAAAAAUGUCAGCUUUUGACACUGCUAUCGCUGACAUAGAGGCAAAUGGCAGUGGUGACAAUGCUAAUAUUCGCCGUCAUCGUCGCCGUCAACGGCGCCGGCGCCGGAGAAGGAGACCAUCUAUGGCAGGGAGCAGCGAGACGACUACUGAUGGUAGCUUCCGGUUCUCUGAUUCUGAUUCCGACCAGUCUUGGCACUCCCCUUUAGGCUCUGUGGCAGGUGGGUCCUACCGUUUCGAGGAAUGUGGGUCCUCUAUGAGGACUGAGGGCGAUUUGGUCAAUUGUGAGCAGAGCAAGAGAUCAGGGGCUUGUGGUUUAGUGGCUGAUGAAGAGAUUGAUUUGGAGAGUGGUGAAUUGGAGUUGAAGGUGCAUAAUAAAGAAGAGAAAAGUUGUAGAAUUUGUCAUUUGUGUUUGUUGAAAUGUGGUGGCAUUGGUGAUGAUGACCAACUCUUAGAACCCUCUGGAGGAAUGGCAAUUGAAUUGGGCUGUUCUUGCAAAGGUGAUUUGGCUGCUGCUCACAAGCACUGUGCUGAAACUUGGUUCAAAAUCAAGGGAAACACCAUUUGUGAAAUCUGUGGUGCGACAGCACUGAACGUUACUGGAGGGCAGGCAAAUGAAGCCACCAAUGCUACAAUAACCACCGUGGGAGUAUCAAAUGCACCUGUAGUCAUUUCUGAAACCCGAAGAUUCUGGCAUGGGCGACGCGUCAUAAAUUUCCUGCUUGCAUGCAUGAUUUUUGCCUUUGUCGUUUCAUGGCUUUUUCACUUCAAAAUAUUCCCCUGAAGUUUGUUUGAGAUCAUCCCGGCUGUACUUGUUUUGAUUGACAUCACUAACAACUCAACCCUGGGGGAUUUAUGAUGUAGAGGUAUAUUUGGGCUGAGGAAUUUUCAGCCGUUAUUAUAUCCAAGGGUUGGGGUAAGGCUGUGUACAUGUCACCCUCCCCAGACCCCACUUGUGAGAAUACACAGGGUCGUUGUUGUUGUUGUUGUUGUAGUUAUAUCCAAGGUAUGGAGGAUUUUGAUAAAUGUCAUGUGCUUCUCAAUAGCGUUCCUUCACGAUGAUUAUUUGAGAAAAUGACUUGUAACUGGGAAUGGAAGAUGACAAAGAGGAACAGUGACUUAUUUGUUCGCCAAACCCUUCACAAGGAAAGAAUUCUUACCAGCUAGGAGCGAACUCCAUAUCCAUGUUGAAAUCUCAUCUGUAUCCAUGUUCAAAAUUAAGCUGUGGUGAUGAUGCAGCGUAUUCUGUUAUAUUUCAGUAUUGCACUUUCUGUACAAAUAUUUCAUGGUGCUUAGUUGUGUGGUCAUGCUUCCUGUUCUAAGUGUGUUCCAAUCAAUGAACCUUGCUUCCGAAAUAUUUAGCCUGUGUC